GCCCCUCUGCGAUGACGCGCCCACAUUCCUGCCUGAAGAGCGGCGGCGCCCCGAGGGGGCCGUCAGACCGGGAGCGACGCCGCCGCCAGAGCAACGCAGACGCGAUAUUCUUCCUUCCCUUCUACACCGCUGGCUUUAUAAAGUGAUUUUCUUUUUUUUUUUUUUUUUCCUUGCCUUUAUUUAUUUAGGGUUUUGUUUUCGCUGACGUUUUAGAGUCAAGGGUUUUUUUCCCAUCGCAAGAAGCAGCAGCAGAGGAGCAUCUCUUCGUUCCAACCCUUCGGGAGGAAACCUCGCCUUCGGGCUUUUGCGGAGAAGGCGCGGCGAGUCCCGCCGCCAAGGACAAAAGAGCCGAACCCCCCCCCCAGGUCCCGAACCCCCCGGCUCCGAACCUACCGGCCCGCCGCCGCCAUGAGCAGCGCCGAGAUGGGCAAGUUCAACAUCUCCCCCGACGAGGACAGCAGCAGCUACAGCUCCAACAGCAACGACUACAGCUACCCCUACCCCACCAAGCCGACCGCCAUGAAGAGCCACUAUGCGGAUAUUGAUCCAGAAAACCAAAAUUUCUUGCUCGACUCCAAUGUUGGAAAGAAGAAAUAUGAAACUCAGUAUCAUCCGGGUACUACUUCCUUUGGAAUGUCAGUAUUUAAUCUGAGCAAUGCUAUUGUGGGUAGUGGCAUCCUUGGUCUUUCUUUUGCCAUGGCUAACACUGGAAUUGCUCUUUUUGUGAUACUCCUGCUGUUUGUUUCAAUAUUUUCUUUGUAUUCAGUGCAUCUGCUUUUGAAGACUGCCAAUGAAGGAGGAUCUUUAUUGUAUGAACAGUUGGGAAUGAAGGCAUUUGGCAUGGCUGGAAAACUUGCUGCUUCUGGAUCAAUUACAAUGCAGAACAUUGGAGCUAUGUCAAGCUACCUCUUCAUAGUGAAAUAUGAGUUACCAUUGGUCAUCAAGACAUUUAUGAACAUCGAAGAGACCACAGGAGAAUGGUAUCUUAAUGGUGACUAUUUGGUGCUGAUGGUGUCUAUCAUCCUUAUUCUUCCCUUGUCCUUACUGAAAAAUUUAGGAUAUUUGGGCUAUACCAGUGGCUUUUCCUUACUUUGCAUGGUCUUCUUUCUGAUUGUUGUAAUUUGGAAGAUGUUUCAGAUUCCUUGUCCUAUGGACAUUGACAUUGUGAAUAUUACAAUAAAUGCGACUCUGGCACCUGUGUUAGAUGAAAACAUAACAAGUGAUAUGUGCAAGCCAAAAUACUUCAUCUUCAAUUCACAGACUGUGUAUGCUGUCCCAAUCCUAUCAUUUUCUUUCGUUUGCCAUCCUGCAAUUCUUCCUAUUUAUGAAGAACUGAAAAGCCGGAGCCGUAAAAGAAUGAUGAAUGUGUCCUAUGUGUCUUUUUUUGCCAUGUUCCUCAUGUACUUACUGGCUGCUCUCUUUGGAUACCUGACAUUUUAUGAAAAUGUUGAGCCAGAGCUGCUUCAUACCUAUUCUGCUUACCUGGGUGCUGAUGUUCUUCUUCUGAUUGUGCGUCUGGCUGUACUUAUGGCUGUAACCCUUACUGUACCUGUAGUUAUUUUCCCAAUUCGGAGUUCCAUUACCCAGCUGUUGUGGGCAGGAAAGGAGUUCAGAUGGUGGCGUCACUGUUCCAUUACAGUUGCUCUUCUGACUUUUACCAAUGUGCUCGUUAUCUUUGUCCCUACUAUUAGAGACAUCUUUGGAUUCAUUGGUGCAUCUGCAGCUGCUAUGCUGAUCUUCAUUCUGCCUUCUGCCUUCUAUAUCAAAUUAGUGAAGAAGGAACCAAUGAAGUCAGUGCAGAAGAUUGGGGCUGUAUUCUUCUUGAUAAGUGGUAUACUUGUGAUGACUGGGAGUAUGACACUGAUUAUUCUAGACUGGACCCAGAAUGUUGCAUCUGAUGGCCAUUAACUGUCCUGGUUUAAUCUGUAAUACUCCACUUCAAAUGCCAGUGUUCACUCAGAUACUUACUGAGAAUGAAAAUGAGCUAUUCGGCUUCCUUUAAAAUGCAGAUUCUUUGAUGGUUCUUCUGAUUGUAGAAUGCCUGAACUCUGUCUUUAAGAAACAAUUCUGCAUGAUGGAAGUGGAUUUGAACACCAAACCACAUGAGUGUCUGGCUGAAGGAAGUGACAACUUUAUUCCAUUCCAGAGAAUGGACAGAACUCUCUGUAGACUCUUAUCAAGCCAUGUUUGGCUUUCAUCAUUGUUACUUGGAUAUUUUGUUAUUUUACUUGAAUGUGCCUAAUGGAACCAUUUGAUGGGAGAAAUAACUCUUUAAUUUACAGCAAAGUGUUUAAAUAACCAAUGAGAGAGAGAAAUGCUAUUAUUUUUUUGUACCAAAAAUUCUUAUGGACCUCAGAAGCACUAUUUUGACUUUAAGAAACAUUUUUCUAAAAAGAAUGAAAGAAUAACAUAAAACAAAAGACAUUUAAUCGGUGUCCUAAAUUAAAUUUGCCUUUCUGUGAGGCAUAAUGAAGAGAAAUUUUAUUUUAAAAAAUACUAAUGACCAAAUCUGAAAAUUAACCAUUUCAAGUCAAAAUUCUGUAAUUAUAAAUGUUUCCCAUAAAUUCACUUAGUACAAAGUAGAGUGGAAAUAAUUCUGAAAAUUGUUUGUCAGCUUACUUAAGUAACUAGAGUUACCAUAGUUCCCAGAAAUGGUGCGGAAACCCAAAAUUUUAAGCUGUAAAAAAAACCCCCACCCUUUAAAAUGGAUGCAUUUGAGAAAAACAUAACUAAUCUAGAAAUCAUAAAGAUGGUGUCCACAUUUCUCUUCUCGAGGUACUCAACAGUGCAAUUGGGUAAAACAGGGUUUGGGGCAUUUUUGCUUUUUUGGGUUUUUUUCUUUUGUAGAUAUAAACUGAAUGGCACUGGAGCAUAUUGUGCCAUUAAUACAAAACUUCCUCCUGAAGUUCUCUUUUUAUUACGAAGGUCCAUUGUCAAUUGUAGCAAUGUUGUUGGUUUUUUUUCUGUCCAGUCUAUCUUGAAACACUCUGUAGGAAAACAAAAAGGUCCUGUUGUAGUUUACUAGUUGUAUAAUAUUCAACAAGUGUACAGUAUUUCUCGAAGUACUCAUCCAUUAUUGGAUUUUGAAUUACUUGACUAUUCUGUUUCUGAGUCAGAUCCACAAAAUAAUUGCACCAGUAUUUCAUGGUUGGUACAACCUCUCUUCACUUAAACAACUGGGAUUCCUCUUCCAAUUUAUACUGUAUAGUAGUAUUGAAGAUAACCUCAUAGACUGGGUAGUCAUCUCAUACUUGUUUGCUUCAGAAAUAGGCAGAUUCCUUAUGAGCCCGAGCUAGCUGAUGAACCAGGUGCUGUAUGGUUGUGAUUAGCUGUUUCCUUUCUCGUGCAUGUUUACUCUGUCAUUCUUAUCCCAGGUUGAAGAGAAGUAACACUUGUAUAACAGCAUACUUGGCUUCUAAGAGGUUCUCAAACACAACAAUACUGGGUACCAAAGCCUAGAUAGAGAUUAUUAAUGAAAUAAUCGUGGCAAUGUGGUUAACUGUCUUCAUCUGACUUGAUAUUUUAAGUAAGUCUGAUUUACCAAAUUCUACUUGGUCAUUUUGUCAGAGGGAACAAGUAUGGGCCUGUAAUCCAUUGAUUUCACAGUGCCUGAGACUUUUUUUGCUCUUGUAUAAUUAAUCAGGAACAAAUCUAACACCGACAGUCACUGUUUGGCAGAUAAUGUCAGUCUCUGCCCAGCCAUUUAAAAACCAUGGAAAAAAAAAAAUUGCAGGUAUUUUGUAUUGAUACUUCUGCAUGACUGUAAGUACUGGUCACUUAAGUCUGUAGUGUAAAAACUGUAACGAGAAGUUUAGAUUCCUCUUGUGUUGUUCGUAUUCUUAGUGCAGUGGUACUCAACUGGCAAUUAAUGAUCCUGGGUCAGCACUGACCAGCGCUCCUUAGGUACUUCUUUGCCUCAGGUACUCUACAUCCAUGGCUAACUAUCCUGUGUUACCUGAUCUCCACAGAAGUGCUAAGCGUGUGCCUCCUUGGUACUUUGGCAGCUUUUCUUCUUCCUCUUCACAAAGGAGGAGGGUGGAAGAGGAUUAAAAUGUUGUCUACCUUUGAGCAAUUUGUAGCACAUAAGGGAUGAAGUGUUUCCCUUGCCAGCCUAUAAAAAAAAAAAAGUGAGAAAUGGCUUCCUUUUCUCAGUAAGCAUAGAAGAGGAAGGAGACUUAAAUGAGAAGUUACUCAGCAGCCAAAGAGGAGGAAAAAUUUUUUGAUGACACCUCAUAAUGUAUCCUACAUGUCACUUAAUUCUCUGAAUGUAGCAAUUUCCAGAUUUUAUGUAGUGUGUUCUGUUAUUUGAUGACUGACUCUCCAUCUGCAACAGUUGAGUUCCACUUGGCUGGGUUGAUUUCCAACAUCUGAUUUAUUUAAUUACUUUUUUUUUUCUUCAAACUUGUCUGUUUAAAGUUACCUACAGUGCAAACCACCCAGAAGAGCAGCUUCAGUAUUAAACCACUGUUUUGUCACCUCAGUUAGACAUUACUGUCUUCCAUGAUAUUUCAGUCAUAAAUGUAACAUGUUAUUUAUAAAACAUUAAUCCAUUAAAACUAAACCUAUUUUUCAAUAUUUAUGAUAGUCUAUGUAUAUAAACUGUAUGUGUGUAUAUACUGUAAGUAUAAUGUAUAUAAUGUAGCUUUGGAAUCUGGGAUCUAUGUAUAUAUUCUCAUUACUAGUGUUACAUCAUGUUGUACAUCUGUAUAACAACUGUCAAAGGAAAGAGUCUUUCACAACAGAAUGUAAUGCCUACAAAAAUGGAAAAAAUGUGUUACACCUAAGGUGUGUAAGAAAACACUAAAAUUGUAUUUAUUACAAAUGUAUAUGUUGCAAUAAACACAGAAGUCACUUGGGUCCAUAAAAAGCAUUGUUCAGGUUCAUGUAUACUUUUUCUCUAAAAUUUACCUUGGAUGUAAUGAUCUCCUGAAUGCAGCAAGCUACCAACUUUUAGGGUCUAACACGUUUGUUAGGCCACCAGAUUCAGGUAUCCUGCAGUACAUCCGUGUAUAUAUGUAAAUACCCACUGUAUGGUUAGAGGCCAACACUCUAGCUACAGUUGUUGGCAGGGAGUGCAACACAGUUUCAAUGAAACAUUGUAUGUUUGUUUUAACUGAAAUAAAUAAAUGGAUAAUCCGAA